UGCCACCACACACUGGGUUGUGCUCAGUCGAAUUUUGUUCUCGGACCAUUAAACAUUCAACAUGGCAGGCCAGCGCAUUGUAGUCGUCGCAUUUGCUGUUUUUCUCGCCGGAUUGUGCGUGCUGUCCGGUCUGAAUGCGGCGCCCGUGGAAUGCAAUAACGGCGAUGGAACCCAGAUCUCCGAAAAUGGCUAUCAGAGUCAGACGCAAACCGGUCCCGGCUGCCAGUCGCAGACCUCCGAGGACGGAUCCCAAUCCCAGAGCCAGAGUCAAUCUGGCGGUGGCUACCAGUCGCAGACGCAGUGCAGCGGAUCCUCCUGCGGUCAGUUCAGCCCCUUGCCGCCCCUGUUCACCCUGAAGCCAUUCGAGCCAUUCGAGCCCAUGCAACCCCUUACUUUUCAGCCUUUUGGCCCCGUGAGGAGCAGCCAGGUGCAGCAGCGGACAAACUACGAUUAAGGUUCUUAAAGGGCUAAACUCAAUAAAGAUUGCUUUUAUUUAAUAUAACAC